CCAUCGGACAGUUUUUAUGUGGCUCUUGGCGGUGUUUUUGAUUCUUCGCGUUGGUAGAAGGAGUUAGAUGGUCUCCGAGCUCCCCUCUCUACCGUCGUUGGGCAGCCCUCCCGGGCAGGACACGUUUUAGGGAGGAUGAACGCCCCAGCCAGAAGGAAAUGUUACAUGGGACAACAUCAGAUCAAGAAAACGAGCGUCCGAGUCCCUGAGAAGCCCCUUCAUUCCAGAAGAUCCAGUCGCUUGCAACACACUGACACUCUCCGUGACGACACACACACUGUGCGUGAGAACAUUCACCUGGUCCAGAAUGUGUCUGCUGGACAGGGGUGUGUGGGAGGAGACGCUUCUCUGGCUCUGGAUGAGGAGAUACUGCAGCCGCUGGAAGCCGUAUAUCCUGGAGGAGGUCACGGAGGGACAGACAGAGGAGGAGGUCAUGUUGGGAAAGAUAGAGGAGGAGGAGGAAAUCAUGGUGGGACAGAUAGAGGGGAAAGUCAUGGUGGGCCAGAUAGAGGGGGAGGAGGGAAUCACAGUAGGACAUAUAGAGGAGGAAGUCAUGUUGGGACAGAAAGAGGAGGAGGAGGAGGAAGUCACGGGGGGACGGAUAGAGGAGGAAGAGGAGGACACAGAGGGACAGAUAAAGGUCAUGGUGGGACAGACCGAGGAGGAGGUCACAGUGGGACAGGCAGAGGAGGUGUUUAUGAAGGGGUAGGCGAGAGAGGACCAGGCCCCAACACACAGACCCUAGACAGAGUGCCUCCCCCUCGGGCUGGGGAGAGGUCUGGCGAGAGGACGGAGGUACGGCAGUCACUGGACUGUAAGGAUCUAGCUCAGCGCUUGCUGUUUAGUGAAGAUUCCAAGGAACCAGGACAAGAUAUGAUGCUUCCGUAUAGACCCACAUGUGCCCCGCCCCCGCAGAACAAAGAGACCAAUCCGAGAGGCAGCAGCUCCAGAAGGAGGAAGCGCAGGGCUAGGCGGAACUCUGAAACCACUGGGACAGGAAAUAGAUCCUUCCAGAAUGCUGAUUCCCCCUUAGAUGUUUCUGAUGACUUCAUUCUGUUCAGCCCCUCCCACCUGGCCCUGGCUCGAGAAAGGGCGGAGCUACAACGGACUCUGAGGAACAAUAUGUCUGCCUCCAUUCUGACACUUCCAACUGGACUGGAGGCCAGCACAUUCAACACCACAGGUGUUGGAAGACCAGUGGUGUGUGUUCGUCCGGAGCAGCAGAGUGACCUCUUGUUGUUGUCCAGCUGGGGUCUUCCUGGCCCGGUUCUGGAGCGGUACCGUUGCCAUGGCGUCAGCUCCAUGUUCCCCUGGCAGGCCCAGUGUCUCAGUAUGGGACAGGUGUUGCAGGGGCGUAACCUGGUCUACUCAGCCCCAACCAGUGCCGGGAAGACCCUGGUUGCAGAACUGCUGAUGCUGAAGAGAGUUCUGGAGACUAGGAAGAAGGCCCUGUUCAUCCUGCCCUUUGUGUCACUGGCGAAGGAGAAGAUGACCUACCUUCAGAGUGUGUUCUCAGAGGCAGGGGUGUGUGUGGAGGGGUACAUGGGUAGCCGGUCGGCUCCUGGAGGAUUCCGUUCCCUGGAUGUAGCUGUCUGCACCAUAGAGAAGGCCAACUCCCUCCUCAACAGACUGAUGGAGGAGGACAGUAUGACACAACUAGGCAUAGUGGUUGUAGAUGAGCUUCAUAUGGUCGGAGACUCUGGGAGAGGCUACUUGUUAGAACUUCUUCUCACCAAGAUCCGCUACUUCUCCCUGAAACACAACACAGAACAUUCCCUCUCAGAAGGGGUCCAGAUCGUGGGUAUGAGUGCCACCCUCCCCAACUUGUGUCUACUGGCCGGGUGGUUGGAUGCGGAGCUCUACCAGACAGACUUCCGGCCUGUCCCCCUGAAGGAGAGGCUGAAGGUGGGGAACAAGAUCUACGACUCCAGCCUCUCCCUGGUGGAGCCCUUCAGGCCUCUGAUCACUGUCAAGGGUGAUGAGGACCAUGUUGUGUCUCUGUGUUAUGAGACAGUCAGUGAGGGUCGUUCUGUACUGUUGUUCUGCCCCUCCAAGAACUGGUGUGAAAAACUGGCUGAUAGCAUCGCUAGAGAGUUUUACAACCUCAGACACACAGCGGGUCAGAACGCCUCAGACGUCCGGCCUGUGGAGUUGGACCAGGAGGGGGUGGUGGAUGUGUUGGCCCAGCUAAGACGCACUCCGGCUGGGUUAGACCCUGUCCUACAACGCACUGUGCCCUGGGGGGUCGCCUUCCACCAUGCUGGCCUGACGUUUGAUGAGAGAGAUGUGUUGGAGGGCGCGUUCCGAGCAGGUGUGGUCAGAGUGUUGGCUGCGACCUCUACCCUGUCAUCAGGUGUCAACCUACCUGCCCGCAGGGUCAUCAUACGAACUCCGACCUUUAAUGGACGUCUGCUUGACCCUCUGACCUACAGACAGAUGGCAGGACGAGCCGGGAGGAAAGGAGUUGAUACCGAGGGGGAGAGUGUGCUGGUCUGCAAGGAGGCGGAGCGUCAGAAGGGGCUAUGUCUUCUCCAGGGCUCUCUGCAGCCAAUCAGCAGCUGCCUGGUGAGGGAAGGAGAGGGUCUAACCACCGGCCUGCUCAGAGCCAUCCUGGAGGUCAUCGUUGGGGGUGUGGCCAGCUCUCCUCAGGACAUCAGACGGUAUGCAUCCUGUACGCUGUUGGCUGCUGGCGCUCACCAUGACAACACAUCUAGACCAGGGGGAGCCAUGUCGGAGGGGAGGGGAGACGGACAAGGGAGCGAGGGAGCCAUUGAGGCCUGUGUGGAAUGGCUGAUUGAGAAUGAGUUCAUAUCUAUCCAGAAAGAUGGAGAGGGGGACGAAGGUGAGAGGUACUGCCCCACCAACCUGGGUUCUGCCACGCUCGGCUCCUCCCUCUCUCCCCCUGAGGCUCUGGGCAUCUUCUCAGACCUGCAGAGGGCCAUGAAGGGCUUUGUACUGGAGAACGACCUCCACACUCUCUACCAGAUCACUCCUCUGUAUGCUGAAUGGACCACUAUAGACUGGUAUCAGUUCUGGUGUUUGUGGGAGGGGCUUGGCUCAUCCAAUAAGAGGGUGGCAGAACUGGUUGGUGUUCAGGAGAGCUUCCUGGCUCGCUCCGUUAGUGGGAAACUCAUCGCCAAGACAGACCGACAGAGACGUCAGAUGGCUAUACACAAAAGGUUUUUCACUACUCUGGUCCUCCAGGACUUGGUGAAUGAAGUUCCUUUGGGUACUGUAGCAACAAAGUACAAUUGUAGCCGUGGACAGCUUCAGUCGCUACAACAGUCUGCCUCCACAUAUGCAGGCAUGGUAACAGUGUUCUGUCGGCGUCUGGGAUGGCAUAGUCUGGAGCUCCUCCUGUCCCAGUACCAGACCCGGCUGAGCUUUGGUGUUCAGCGGGAGCUGAUGGACCUGGUCCGCAUCUCCCUGCUCAAUGCAACACGGGCACGAACCCUUUAUGACCAUGGUCUCGCUACCGUCGCAGAGCUGGCCAGGGCAAAGGUCACAGAGGUGGAGAAGGCCCUGCGUAAGGCUGUCCCCUUUAAAAGUUCUCGCCGUGCGGUCGAUGAGAGUGAAGGGGAGGCGGCUGAGAGGCGGAACCUGCGGUGUGUCUGGGUCAGCGGAGGGCGGGCCUUAACAGAACAGGAAGCUGCAUUUGAGAUUGUUUCUGAGGCCAGGGUUCUCCUACAGCAGGACCUCGCUCUGUUGGGGGUAUCAUGGGACCCUGGGACACUCCCCCUGGAGACACUCCCUACGGAGACACGCCCCCCAGAGACACGUGGCCCAGUGACACUGCCUGCGGAGACACGCCCCCCAGAGACACGUGGCCCAGUGACACUGCCCGGGGAGACACGCCCCCCAGAGACACACCCCCCAGAGACACGUGGCCCAGUGACACUGCCCGGGGAGACACGCCCCCCAGAGACACGCGGCCCAGUGACACUGCCCGGGGAGACACGCCCCCCAGAGACACACCCCCCAGAGACACGCGGCCCAGUGACACUGCCCGGGGAGACACGCCCCCCAGAGACACGUGGCCCAGUGACACUGCCCGGGGAGACACGCCCCCCAGAGACACGCCCCCCAGAGACACGCGGCCCAGUGACACUGCCUGCGGAGAGACGCCCCCCAGAGACACGCGGCCCAGUGACACUGCCUGCGGAGAGACGCCCCCCAGAGACACGCGGCCCAGAGACACUGCCUGCGGAGACACGCCCCCCAGAGACACGUUCUAGCAGCAACAACGGCCACCACUCUUGUAAAAACUCUUGUAAGAAUGACUCUUCCAGGACACAACAGGACGGUUCUAAACCCUGGAGAGAUGGAACCACGGGGAAGAGAAAGGAGAGGGGGAUGGAUGGGAAGGAGAUGGAGACAGAAAUGAAGGUUUUCGUUGACCACCCUGCUCCUAGAUACAACAUGUCCCUGACUGACAGCCAGAUGGAACACAUCCUUGACGACCAGAUCUUGGCACGUGAUGAUGAAGCUGAUGAUGUUGAAGAUGAGCCCCUCCCACCGCCCGGUCCAUGUCACUCCUUACUGACCAAUGACAACAGUUUAAAUGGCAGCAGCAGCUUUCUAUUUGACAGCCUGUAUGACAGCUCCCUAUUGGCUGGGCUUAGCCACGACUCCGACAAAUCAGAUGUGGAGGAGGGGCCUGUUGCCAUUGAGACCAGUCUCCUGUCCAACCAGCAGAGGCGACGCAGUGGCCUCUUAGCUAAUCAGGAGGCAGAGGAACAGGAAGCUGUCCAAUGGGGCGAGUCGUCCUUCAACCUAUCAGAAUGGGGUGACUCUCUGCUUGUGGGAGAUCACUUCCUGGAAAGGCAGAGCCUGCUGAGACAAAAAAAGCGACCGCAACCAGAACACAACUGUGAUCUGGGGGACAGUGAGGCAGGAGAGCGAGCUGGGGAAAGACCAGGGGAGAGAGGAGAGAAACCAGAGGAAAGACCAGGGGAGAGGGGUGAGAGACCAGGGGAAAGACCAGGGGAGAGGGGAGAGAGACCAGGGGAGAGACUAUGGGAAAGACCAGGGGAGAAACCAGGGGAAAGACCAGGGGAGAGGGGAGAGAGACCAGGGGAGAGACCAUGGGAAAGACCAGGGGAGAAACCAGGGGAGAGGGGAGAGAGACCAGGAGAGAGGGAGGAGAGACCAGGGGAGAUACCAGGGGAAACAGGAGAGAGACCAGAAGAGAGCAGUGGGAGAUUGCGGAAGACAGGGGGACAUCUUGGGGAUACAACAGGAGAGAGGAGGUUAGGAGGUACUUCUGGUGACUUUGUCCCCCCUACUCCAGAAACUGAGCUUGUCACCCCCAGAUUAAAACUGACCACCACUUCUGUCCAGUCACCUCUCACCAACAGACCCCUCAACCAACCAACCCUUACCACCCGUUCUUGCAACCAAUCAACACCCACCCCUCGGCAUAUCCACCAGUCAGCACUCUCCAAUCUCCUCCUUGACCAAUCAACAGCCCCCAUAACAAUCCCACAUCCAACCCCAGCCCCCAAACCUCUUCAAGCCUCGCUCUCCAGCACCCCCCCAACCCCCCGCUCCUCCUCCCCUUUGACUGACAUGGGCUUCACCCUCCAGCUCUCCCAGGAUGCAUCUCUGCCACCAAGCGGUGGUGGGCUGACUGUCAUGGACGUGGCGAGCGACAGGCGGCUUUUCUACACUUUCAUGGAUGAGUGGCGCAGGAAGGGCCGGUUCUCCCUGGUUCUAGCCUGCCGGAACAACAGAACCAACGCACAUGGAGGGAUAGGAGGGAGAACAAACACAGACAUUUUCCAGGGGACAUCCUCAGGGUUUCCAGUACGAGGAUCUGAAGAUGUGGUGUUAACUGGCCUGGCUGUCUGCUGGGGAGGAACUGACUGCUACUAUAUAUCACUACAACAGGAGAGGAGCACAGAAUUACCCUGCUCAGAGAUGAGCUCCAGUCUGGCCCCGCCUCCGCUGGCUCUGGAUUUGUCAGUUGAAGAGAGGGUGGAGCAGGUGAGGGCCUGUCUGAGCAGGUCAUUGGCUGACGGAGCAGUGGGUGUGGCCAUCACGUAUGACAUCAUCCAGGUGUACAAAACACUGGUGUUAAGCUGCGACAUCACCCUGGAGGGACCCUGUGAAGACCUGAAGGUGGCUUGCUGGCUGUUGGACCCAGAAAGUGAAGAGAGAACGCUAACCAACAUGGCGACCUGCUACUGUCCCUCUGAGUCGCUGCUGGAUGGACACACGCAGUCUCACACACACUCCCCCCGCCUGCGAGCGGCCACAGAGAGUGUUUUAGUCUACACCACCAUGAACCACCUCACCUCGCUGCUGGAGAACAAUGGACUGCUGGAUGUGUUCUGCAGGGUGGAGAUGAGGUCCCAGUUGUGCCUGGCUCUGCUGGAGCUGAAUGGUGUUGGCUUCAGCUGGGAGGAGUGUGAGAGACAGAGGCUGGUGAUGCAGGCCAGGCUGAGUUCCCUGGAGACCCAGGCCUAUAGUCUAGCUGGACACAGCUUCUCCCUCACCAACACUGACCACCUGGCGCAGGUGUUGUUCCUGGAGUUGCAUCUACCUCCUGAUGGUGAUGUCAGCGGAGGACAGGGUAAGAAGACCCUGGGAUCUGCCAAGAGAGGAGCACGACUCCCCCGGCUGGGAAAGCACUUCAAGACCACCAAGGACAUCCUGGAGAAGCUCCGCUCCCUCCAUCCGUUGCCAGGGGUGAUUCUGGAAUGGAGGCGGAUCACCAACGCCCUGACCAAGGUGGUGUUUCCCCUGCAGAGAGAGAGGAAACACCACCCUUUGUUGGACAUGGACAGAAUACACCCUGUCUCCCAGACACACACCUCCACAGGCAGAGUGAGUUUUACAGAGCCUAACAUCCAGAAUGUUCCAAAGGACUUUGAGAUCCAGCUGGCCUCAGUGGUGGAGGACAACCCUCCAUCCCAAGAUGGUCACCCGAUUGGUAGGGGGCGCUCCAGGCUGAUAAGACCUCCAGCACCUCCUGGGAGUGGCAUGGCCUUCUCUGUCAGCAUGAGACAUGCCUUCGUACCUUUCACAGGAGGGAUGAUAUUAGCAGCUGAUUAUUCUCAGUUGGAGCUCAGAGUGCUGGCUCACCUCUCUAAGGACAGACGCCUUCUACAGGUGUUGAAUGGAGGUGCUGAUGUAUUCCGAUGUAUCGCUGCUGAAUGGAAGAACAUCCAACUGGACACAGUGGACAACACACUGAGACAACAAGCUAAACAGAUCUGUUAUGGCAUCAUCUAUGGGAUGGGAGCCAGGUCUCUGGGAGAGCAGAUGGGGAUCGAGCAAAAUGAUGCAGAAACCUACAUCAAGAGCUUCAAAGACCGUUAUACAGGUAUCCAUCGGUUCCUGAAGGAGACGGUGUGUAGCUGUGUGAAGAAUGGUUAUGUCCAGACCAUCCUGGGCCGAAGGAGAUACCUUCCCAACAUCACUCACAGCAACACACAUGCCAGGGCACAUGCUGAGCGUCAGGCUGUUAACACCACGGUCCAGGGAUCAGCAGCAGACAUUGUUAAACUGGCUACAGUCAACAUACAGAACCGCCUCCGAAAGACCUACCCAACCACCCCCCCGUCACACCAACAUUCAGUGAGUCGUGGUCAGGUGAAAGGUCACAGGGGCGUGACUCGUCUCAGAGGUGCGUUUUUCGUCCUGCAGCUUCAUGAUGAACUCAUUUAUGAGGUGACUGAGGAUGAUCUAAUACAGGUGGCCCAGAUCGUGAAGAGUGAGAUGGAAAGGGCUGUGAAGCUCCACGUCAAGUUGAAAGCCAAGGUCAAGGUGGGACCUAGCUGGGGCAACCUGCAGGAUCUGGACAUCUGAACCCUGAACUACAGAACCUGGACGUCUGAACCCUGAACUACAGAACCUGGACGUCUGAUCCUGAACUACAGAACCUGGACAUCUGAACCCUGAACUACAGAACCUGGUAAUCUGAACCCUGAACUACAGAACCUGGACGUCUGAUCCUGAACUACAGAACCUGGACAUCUGAACCCUGAACUACAGAACCUGGGAAUCUGAACCCUGAACUACAGAACCUGGACAUCUGAUCCUGAACUACAGAACCUGGACAUCUGAACCCUGAACUACAGAACCUGGACAUCUGAACCCUGAACUACAGAACCAGGACGUCUGAACCCUGAACUAGAGGUCCCGGACAUCUGGACAUACCAUUGACCUCUUUACCUCCUCCUUUCCCGAACCACCUGAAACAUUGUGAGAAAUAUUAUGGACAUUUUAGACAACCCAAUGCUUUUAGAUUUGUAGUGAAUGCCUGCAUACCUCAGGACAUAAAAGAGCAGACGCCUGACCAACCAAAUAACUUUUUAGUGGAAAUGAUCUUUUAUGUUUCUGUAACACUUUUUUUACCAGACAAUGUAAUAAAUGUAACGAAACGUGCAGCACUUUAGUUGCCAGUAUGGACCUGCUUUGAUGAGGAAGCAGAUGUUUACAUCCCAGAGAUACUGAAAUGCCGUGUUCCAGUACAGAUACAACAGAUGUUUACAUCCCAGAGAUACUGAAAUGCCGUGUUCCAGUACAGAUACAACAGA